AUGGCUACGGUGUUUGGGCUCAAGCUGGAUGGAUCAGACAACAAGGGAAACUUUGGGAACGGCAAAAAUUCGCUUGCCGAAAAGGGCAUCAACGAUGUGUUUGAAGAUUUUUACGAUCCCUAUUCCUCGUGGAUUGACUCGCCGGAAAUUCCGAUCACGAGAGUGCAGAUUGAAGCUAUUUUCAUCCAUCUGAGAAGGAUCUUUGGUUUUCAAUUGGACAGUACCAAGAACAUGUUUGAUUACCUAAUGAGACUUCUGGAUUCCAGAUCGUCACGUAUGGGACCCAUAAGUGCUCUUAAGACGCUACAUGCAGAUUAUAUUGGUGGGAUAAACGCGAACUACAGGAAAUGGUAUUUUGCUUCCCAGAUGGAUAUCGAUGACUCUGUGGGGUUUAGUAAUACAAGAUCCAAUGGAAUGCUGAAAUCAAGCGCCAAGCAUAUGGGACAGGCAAAGGCAAACUUGACAUUAGAAGAAUCAGAAAGAAGAUGGCUGGAAAACAUGGCAAGCUUCUCUCCAGAGGAUUGCAUUAUUCAAAUUGCGCUUUACUUGUUGAUCUGGGGAGAGGCCAACAACAUCAGGUUCAUGCCAGAAUGUCUUUGUUUUAUCUUCAAAUGCUGCAUCGACUGCUUUUACUCGAUUGAUUUCUCUCAAAGUACACAAGUCUGUUCAACUUCUUUCCUGGAUCACGCAAUCACACCCCUGUAUGACUUUUAUUUCAGCAGGUGCUACGAGAUGGUUGAUGGUAAAUACAUCCGCCGUGAUAAGGACCAUAAGAACAUCAUUGGGUACGAUGAUAUGAACCAGUUGUUUUGGUAUAGGAACGGUCUCGAGAGAAUAGUUUUGAAAGAGUCAAAAACAAAGUUGAUGUUCCUGCCGCCAGCCGAGAGGUAUUCACAGCUGGAUAAGAUUAACUGGGAGAAGGCAUUUUACAAGACGUAUUAUGAGUCCCGAACCUGGAUGCAUGCUUGCCUAAAUUUCAAUAGGGUUUGGAUUAUUCAUCUCUGUGUCUUCUGGAUGUACACCUCGUUCAACGCCCCUACGCUUUACACCCUGAAUUACAAUCCAAGCGAAGAUAACAGACCUCCAAGCUGGGCAACUCUUUCUGCAAUGUCGCUUGCAGGUACAGCAGCAUGCAUCAUAAAUUUGAUCAGUCUUUUGGCUGAGCUUCAUUUCGUGCCUCGAAAAUGGCCUGGCGCAGAACCAGUUAUCUGGAGGUUCAUCAUAACAUUUGUGAUGUUUCUUCUCAAUACCAGUCCGUCGGUGUAUUUGUUUGUUUUUGCGGCAUAUGAGGAGUCAUCAUCAUUGAACCUUGCAAUAGCUCUAUUGCAGUUUGUACUUUCCCUGUUCACCGUGGUAUAUACAUCUGUGGUGCCUUUAGGGUCAUUGCUGGGAACCACUCAUAGUUCGAAAGACAGAAGGUAUCUGGCCUCACGAUUCUUCACAAACUCAGUCCACAAGUUACAAGGAAAGACACAGAUGAUUUCAAUUGGAUUGUGGUUUUGUGUUUUUCUUUCUAAAUUCACAGAAUCAUACUUCUUUCUCACCUUAUCACUGCGCGAUUCAAUCCGAGAACUGAGCCAGAUGGAACUCACAAGAUGUGCUGGCGAUCAAUGGCUUGGUCAAGCAUUUUGUCAGUUUCAACCUUCAAUUGUUCUAGUGCUACUGAUAGUGACGGACUUGAUUUUGUUUUUCCUCGAUACCUAUCUUUGGUACAUCGUAUGGAAUACGUUCUUCUCAGUUAGCAGGUCAUUAUACAUCGGUGUAUCUGUUUGGACACCAUGGAAAAACACUUUCUCCCGUUUGCCAAAACGCAUAUAUUCCAAUAUUGUCUACGACAAAACGGAAGGUCACACCAAGAGCAAAGCACUAAUUUCGCAGGUUUGGAAUUCAAUCGUGAUUUCUAUGUAUAGGGAGCAUCUUCUCUCAUUGGAACAGAUACACAAAUUGAUCUACCAAGACAUAUAUUUGCCUAAUGGGGAACACUCCUUGAAGGAGCCGUCGUUUUUUGUUUCCGGCGAGGAUUCGGCUAUGAGGUCUGGUUUAUUCGAGUCGCAUACAGAAGCCCAGCGCCGCAUCACUUUCUUUGCUCAGUCACUAUCGACACCAAUGCCUGAAACUACCCCGACAGAUACGAUGCCAUCUUUUUCGGUACUGAUCCCUCAUUAUGCAGAAAAAAUAACGUUGUCUCUCAAGGAAAUAAUCAGAGAGGAGGACGAGUACUCCAAUGUCACUCUCUUGGAAUACCUGAAGCACUUACACCCUGCGGAGUGGCGCAAUUUUGUUCACGACACCAAGCUUCUGGCGGAAGAAGUCGACGGAAAACAGACCAAGCUUGAUGACAGACUUACAUCAGAUGACUUGCCUUAUUACUGUGUUGGUUUUAAGUCGGCUACCCCUGAAUACGUGUUGCGAACAAGGAUAUGGGCUUCGUUGAGGUCACAGACUCUUUACCGCACGAUAUCAGGCUUUAUGAAUUAUUCGCGUGCGAUUAAACUGCUCUAUGACAUUGAAAACCCAGACUUGUCUAGCUUCGAUAAUAGUGAAUCGAAGAAGCUGGAGGUGGCAAGUGUAAUGGCCCAAAGAAAGUUUCGAAUGGUUGUGUCAUUACAACGAAUGAGUGAAUUUACCCCAGAUCAACAAGACAACAGAGAGUUUAUAAUGAGGGCAUUUCCAGAAUUGCAGAUUGCAUACUUGGAAGAAAAUACCUCUCCAGAAACUGGCGAGACUACCUACUACUCUUCUCUCAUAGAUGGCAGUUGUGACAUCUUAGAGAAUGGUCAGAGAAAACCCAAGUAUCGCAUAAAGCUAUCCGGAAAUCCUGUGCUAGGUGAUGGAAAGAGUGACAAUCAAAAUCACGCUCUUAUAUUUUGCCGCGGUGAAUAUAUUCAGCUGAUUGAUGCCAACCAGGAUAAUUACCUUGAGGAGUGCCUGAAGAUAAAGAGUUUGCUGUCGGAGUUUGAAGAGGACAAUGCUCCAAGUAAUCCAUAUGAAGGUGGAGUCGGGGGAUGGAACAUGAAUCCAGUAGCAAUUAUUGGUACUAGAGAGUACAUCUUCUCUGAAAAUCUUGGAAUUCUUGGAGACAUUGCUGCUGGUAAGGAGCAGACCUUUGGUACAUUGUUUGCUAGAACACUGGCACAGGUUGGCGGUAAGCUACAUUACGGCCACCCCGAUUUCUUAAAUUCCAUCUUUAUGACAACAAGGGGUGGAGUCUCAAAAGCACAGAAAGGGUUGCAUUUGAAUGAAGACAUUUAUGCUGGUAUGAAUGCUAUGCUGCGCGGAGGUCGCAUCAAACACUGUGAGUACAUCCAGUGCGGUAAAGGUCGUGAUCUUGGUUUUGGUUCGAUUUUGAACUUCACAACAAAGAUAGGUGCGGGAAUGGGGGAGCAAAUUCUGUCCAGGGAAUGUUUUUAUCUUGGAGCUUACUUGCCAUUAGACCGUUUCCUAUCCUUUUACUAUGCACACCCUGGGUUCCAUCUGAACAAUGUGUUCAUCCUGCUCUCUGUUCAACUGUUCAUGUUCUUUUGCAUAAACCUUGCUGCACUAACUAAUGACUCUGUGAUAUGCGAAUACGACAAGGAUGUGCCAAUUACCGAUAUGCACCAUCCUUUGGGUUGCCAUAAUCUCAUACCCGUUGUGCUGUGGCUCAAAAGGUGCGUCCUCUCCAUCUUCAUCGUCUUUGCAGUCUCAUUUGUACCUUUGUGUGUUCAGGAGUUGACCGAAAGAGGAAUAUGGAGGGCUACUGCCAGGCUAACCAAGCAAUUUGCGUCUUUCUCUCCACUAUUUGAAACGUUUGUGUGCAGGGUCUACUCUCAGGCUUUGAUCAACGACAUGUCAUUAGGUGGCGCAAAGUACAUUGCAACCGAGAGAGGGUUCUCUACAAUCAGAGCAUCAUUUCCAUUGCUGUACUCACGGUAUUCACAUGAAAGUAUUUACUUUGCUGCUACACUGUUUUUGAUGCUGUUAUACAGCUCAAUUGCCAUGUGGAACUUCUCUCUGGUUUACUUCUGGAUCAUUGUGUGUGCUCUGUCGCUUCCCCCAUUCAUUUUCAACCCGAAUCAACUGUCCUUUUCGGAGUUCUUUUUGGAUUAUGGUAACUUCAGAAAAUGGAUGUCGGGCGGAAGUGUGAGGUGGAGACCAGAUUCAUGGAUUGGUCAUGUCAGGAAGACCAGAAUGCAAGUGACCGGUUCCAAGCGGAAGGCCAACAAGAGUGGCGAUUUGCCUUCUUUAGAUUUCAAAAGACCCUCUUUCAUCAACUCGAUAUUUGAUAUCCUGUUCUCACAUCUGGUCUCGACAAUUCUUGUUUUCAUUGCAUACCUAUUUGCCAACUCUCAGAAUGACAGUCGAGCAGAAUUUACGGCUAAUACCACGUUGAGGCUGAUCAUAUGUUCUGUUUCUCCGAUUAUUUUGAACACGGUUGUUCUCUUACUGCUCCAGCCCCUUUCAAUUGUUAUAGCGCCAGUCAUUAGUUGGUGCUGGUCAAGUUUCCCUUCAAUUCUGGCAAGAAUUGCUCAUGGAUUCGCCGUCAUCUGUCAUCUGUUCUUUUUCGAGCUUUUAUGGUUUUCACAGAACUGGGAUGUUUCCCGAACCAUACUUGGAUUAUGUUGUUGCAUUAUGAUCCAGUCUCUCAUUCUCAAAGUGUUGACUGUGAUAUUCUUGACGAGAGAGAUGAAACACGAUCGAUCGAACAGGGCAUGGUGGUCAGGGAAAUGGGCUACUGCAGAGCUAGGAUGGGGAGUUUUGACUCAACCAUCCCGGGAGUUUGUCUGCAAGAUAACUGAAAUGAGCUUGUUUGCUACGGAUUUUGUCCUGGGUCAUUUCCUCUUAUUUGUUCAGUUUCCUUUGCUCUUCAUACCUGGGAUAUCGAUGUGGCAUUCAACGAUGCUGUUUUGGCUCAAGCCGCACUCGCAGGUGAGAUCUCCGAUGUUGAAUCGCAAACAACGAGGACACAGACGCAGAGCCGUCCAAUACAACCUUUUCAUGUUUCUGAUGGCAAUGGCGAUUGCAAUCGCUUUGUUUGUGGUGCCAUUGGUCUUAGUUAAAGUGUGUGGCAUAGAUCUAGAUGAUUUUGUGCCAGAAUUCUUCUUCAUGUUCAAACAACCAUACACUCCUCCAGACAACAGGAAAGGUCUCAAGAACUACGUCAAACCUAAGACUCAUGCAUAG